CUUUACAAAUUCUCUCAAUGUUUUCCUAGGAUUUAAAUAGUCAGUUUACAGAAGCAAUUGAUUUCUUAUUUCAUUUCAAAUAAAUAUUGACAGAAUCUUAAAAACCAGGUAGCUCCUUAUUCAGGAAUGGAUUAAACUUAUUGGAUUAAUAUAAUGGCUGAAAAUUGUAACAAAGAUAAAAGGAGUGGAAAUGUUUGUAAUCAACAUCAGACCCGUUUAGAACAUAUUUGUGAUCUGAAUAUCGACAAGAGUCCAUCAGAUAUAAAGAAAACUGGUAUUAUCUGCACAAUAGGGCCGGCAUGUGAUUCUAUAGAAAUGAUAGACAAGCUUAUACAGAAAGGAAUGAGAAUAUGUCGACUUAACAUGGUUCAUUCGUCUGAAGAGUAUUAUGUAAAAGUUAUAGAGAACAUUAGAAAUGUGGUGGCAAAAUCCUAUGAGCAGAAUCAAGUUGCUAUAGCAAUAGAUAUCACUGGACCAGGUGCCAGAAUUGGUAAAUUUAAAUCAGAUAUAGGUAAUUGUAUAACAUUGAAAACAGGAAAUAAAAUGUUAUUCACAUGUGAUAAAAAGUAUGAAGUUAACUGUGAUCGUAAACGUGUUUAUGUUGAUCAACCAGAAUUUUUCAACAUAGCAGAAGUUGGAGAUCUGAUAUUUAUAGAAGAUGGACCAUUAUCAUUGAAAGUCUUAGAAAAACAUGAUAGUACUACAUUAAUUUGCCAAGUAGAUAAUGGUGGAGACAUGGCUAAUUUUCAUCAAUGUCAUAUACCUAAAAAAUUACCUGGUAAACCAGUCUUAACACAGAGAGAUAAAGAUGCUAUUGCUUUUGCUCUAGAUAAUGAAGUAGAUAUGAUAUUAGCGUCAUGGGUGUGGUGCUCCAGUAUUAUACAAUCUAUAAGACUAGAAUUAGGAACAAAAGCUGAUGCUGUUCAUGUUAUAGCCAAAAUACAAAAUCACGAAGGAGUACUUAAUUUUGAUGAGAUAUUGAAAGUUAGUGAUGGUAUAUUAGUAGGAAGGGGUGAUCUUGGUAUAGAUAUACCCGGUGAAAAAGUUUUUCUAGCACAGAAGAUGAUGAUAGGUAAAGCUAAUAGUGCAGGGAAACCAGUUAUAUGUGCAGCACAGAUGUUAGAUAGUAUGGUAAACAAUCCCAGACCAACCAGAGCUGAAGCUAGUGAUGUAGCUAAUGCUGUAUUAGAUGGUAUAGACUGUAUUAUGUUAUCUAGAGAAACGGCCAUAGGAACAAAUCCUGUUAAAGUUGUAGAAACAUUAUCAGCUAUAUGUCGAGAAGCUGAAUCAGUAGCAUUUACUGAUUCUGUAUUUAGAGAAUUACAAUUACAAACACCUAAACCUGUAGGUAAAACACAUACUACAGCUAUAGCCGCUGUUGAGGCAGCUAGUAAAUCUAAAGCAUCAGCUAUAUUAGUAGUUACAACAUCUGGCAGGUCAGCUGCUAUGAUAGCUAAAUACCGUCCUUCCUGUAUUAUUAUUGCUAUUACACGUGUACCUGAAACAGCAAGAUAUUUACAUUUAUUUCGAGGAGUUUAUCCAAUGUUAUAUUCAGAACCAUGUUGUGCUGAAUGGAUAGAUGAUAUAGAUAAACGGAUACAUACCGCUUUACUUAUGGCACAAAGUAAAGGUUUUGUUGCUGUCAAUGAUUCGGUUGUCUUGGUUACGGGCUGGUCAGCAGGAAGUGGUCAUACAAAUACAUUACGAUUAAUAACAGUACCAAUAUUAACUAAUAACAUGGAAUCAAGACCUAGUCUUGUUAAACUGGUUGAUGUCAAAUCUAAUCCAGAUAUCUGAAUCUUGCGUCAUGCCAGAACAUACCAUCAAAGGCUAGGGGUACCAAUCAUCUUUGAUCAAAAUCAACCAACAGUUGCAGAAUUUCUUAUUUUUGUUCAAGCUACAUUUCACUAUGCUGAUUUCAUAAUUUUAUGGUAAAAAUAAUCAUAGAAACUAAGAUAGUAAAAUUUAAAAUGGCAUAUUCAACAAUAAUUCUCUGUGGGUAAUAUAACCAAGAUUAAAGAUUUCCUUUUAGUUAAGGGAAUUACUGAUGGAGAUGGUUGGGUCCCUUGAUUUUAAAUCUGAACAAAGUGCAAUAUAUAGUUGUAAAUAUAUUUCAGACUCCAAACUUAUAUAUCGCUCUUUCUCAGUUUUUGCACUUCAUGAUUGUAAAGAUCAAUAUUUUAGAAAUUAUUUCAUAAGGCACGUCUUGAGUUCAAUCUGUUUUUAAAGUUGAUACCUUGAGCUGACUUUUAAUACAUCAAUCAAGGAUGACACUGAAUAUUGUGCAUACAUCCCAUGGUUAUUUCAUCAAAUCAGCUAGAAAUAAUUUAAUGUUUUUGUCAUGGUUACAAUUAAACUGAAAUAUUCCUAUGCACCUUUUAUAUCAAGAUCAGUUUACGUAGCUGAAUUCUUUAUUAUACCAUAUCUUAAUUGUUAGGUCAUAUAAAAAAAUAUCUUCUGUUUCUCAGAUACUCUCAUGUCACUUGAAAAGGACUGCAUAACCCAUUUUUAUUUCAAAAAAUAAAAACUGUCUCAUUAAUUACAGGAAGUAAUUUCAAAAUAAUAAACAUUACCAGAGUUUCAAUUAUCCAGUAAAUAACCUGAUAAAUAUUAUUGACAAUGAUAAAUGAUACUAGAUAAUCAUACUUUCCUAUAAAAAGCAUGAUGAGAUAAAUGUAGUGCCUUGAAAUGUGAUGAUUAUAGAAGUCAAUUAGCCCAGUAGUGCGGCUUUGACAAAAUCCAAACACAAAUUUUUUGGCAAGGGUUGUCUGAGAACCAGAAUACUUUUUUCUAUGGGCUUACUUUGAAAAAGUUGCUUUUGAUUUUAAUCAAGCGAAAACAAUUUAAAUAUUUAUUGUGUUUUCUCGGAGUCUUGAGAUGAAAAUAAUGGUCUAAUGAUAAAAUAGUAAUAAUGUUUUGUUUUUUAAAAAUAUACAUGUACUUGAACCACAUUGUUAAUCUAAGUCUGUGUGCCUUUUCACCAAAAAUGUCAUUUGUUUUUUAUAUUAUUAUUAGUGUUGUUGUGUUUGUUUAUUUAUUAUAAUAUUUAUAAUUUUAUCAAGGACCAGAAGAACUGUUAUGAAUGUUUUUAUACACCCACAUUUUCAUGUGGAGGUAUAUUGUCGUCGCCUCUGUCCAUCCCUCCACAAUUUAUUAGUGAACACUUGUUUGUGAACACUCUAUGGGUCACAAUUUUUAUCCAAUUUUGACGAAACUUGAAAUAUUGGUUUAUCUCCAAAAGAUUUUGGUUCCUUUUGAUAUUGGCAUGUAUUGGACUGUAACUUCAUGGAUUAUGGCCUCUGAUUGUACGAAAAAUUACGUUUUUAGCUUGUGGACCCUCUAGAGGUCACAAUUUUUAUCCGAUUUUAAAAAUUGUUUACAUAUAUCACCCUUACACCCUAAUGAUGGUUGAAUUCCGUGAAAAUCGAACCGAGACUGCCCGACAAAAUGGUCGCUCCAUGUACACAAAUAGCAUAAAACUAUGUAAUACCAAGGUUGUGGACCCUUUGGAGGUCACAAUAUUUAUCAGAUUUUGAUGAAACUUAAAAUAUAUGUUUAUAUCCCAAAGACUCAUUUCCUUUCUAUAUUUGCGCAUAUCAGAGCGUAACUUCUUGGAUUAUGGCCCUUGAUUGUAUGAAAAAUCGUGUUUUGUUUUUUUUAGCUUAUUCGAUCAGUGUCCAUCUCUUGCAAAUUGUGGGCGUAUCUUGCGUGGCAAUCACUUAUUGUUAUUAUUAAGAAUGUUGUUUUAAGAGAGAAAUCUUGCCAUAUUAACCAUUAUAAACAGACGUAUAUAUAUAUGUUAUCAACAUAAUAAAUGUUCACAGACUGAAAAUGAUCUGAAUAAAAACAAUGCUUUUAAUUUAAAAAUAUC